UUGUCGUGAUCAGCUGGGAGACAAACCCAAAGAACUGGCUCUGAGCUUUGCCAAGGUAAAAUGGCAUACGUCGGAGCCAAGAACGUCUAAGGAACUGAAAUAAGGUGCAUCGUGAUAAGCUCUAGAGGAAAAACAGCUUCUGUUCAUCAAGGUCAGGAAGACAAUCUUUAAAAGAUGCUUAGAGGAUAUCCUGCAUAUGCAAAAUCUCCAUGGCAAACAGAAAGAAUCCCAAAGAUGUUUGCAGUAUGGAUCACCACUCUUUUUCUUCUCGAUGCAGCCAGAGGAAGGGAAGUUUGCUACAAAAGGCUCGGAUGCUUUACAGAUAGCCCCCCUUGGUCUGGGAUCCCAGGGAGACAACUGGCAGGCUUGCCCAGCUCUCCAGAAGAUGUGAACACCAAAUUCCUUCUUUACACUAGAGACAACAUCAUGAAAUAUCAAAAAAUUUCUGCUACAAAUCCUUCAACUAUCAAAGCUUCAAAUUUCCGAACACACAGGAAAACUCGCUUCAUUAUACAUGGCCAUCUUGCUGGAGCGGACCUCCCCUGGAUAACAAAUAUAUGCAGGUUCAUGUUUCACACUGAAGACGUGAACUGCAUUUUGACCGACUGGAGAGGUGGCUCUAGUGGCUUGUACACUGAAGCAGUUAACAACGUCCGCAUUGUAGGGGCUGAGCUGGUAUAUCUGGUGAACCUUCUUGAGAAAGACUAUGGCUACUCUCCUGCCAACAUUCAUUUCAUCGGCCAUAGUCUUGGAGCACAUGCUGCAGGGGAGGCAGGGAGAAGGAAGCCUGGCAUUGGAAGAAUAACAGGCUUGGAUCCAGCUGGGCCCCUCUUCCAGUAUACUCCCCCAACAGUUAGGCUGGAUCCUUCAGAUGCAAAAUUUGUUGAUAUAAUUCAUACUCAUGCUGGUCAUCUUUUCUUUGACUUUGCUCCAGGGAUUCUCCAGACUUGUGGCCACCUGGAUUUUUACCCAAAUGGUGGGAAGAAGAUGCCAGGAUGCAAGCAGCUUCGUGUACCUCCUGCAACUCGGAAUAUCAAUGACCUUAUGAGAGAAUAUAGAUCUAUUGGAUGUGGACAUAAAAGAAGUCUCCGGUAUUAUGCCGAGAGUAUUAUCACUCCGAAUGGAUUUGUUGGGUAUCGGUGUGAAACAUACAGAGCUUUUGUACUGGGAGACUGCUUCCCAUGUCCGAAGGAAGGAUGCCCACUGAUGGGUCAUUAUGCUGAUAAGUUUUUACAUAAAACUGAAAAAGAACAGCAAAAGGUUUAUUUAAACACAGGGCCCUCCCCUCCAUAUGCUCGCUGGCGAAAAAAGAUACGUGUCAGAGUAUCUGCAACAGAAACCAUGAAGGGAAAUAUAGAUGUAGCCUUAACUGGAACUAAUGGGAUCAGGAAAAAAUACACAAUUGACAAGGGAACUUUCAAACCGGGCAACACAUACUUGAACUAUAUUGAUACAGAAAUUUCUGGGAACAUUUCAAAAGUUGAAUUUCUCUGGAAAAAGCAUCCAGGUCAUGUACACAGAGGCUGCAUGGGAGCUGAAGAAGUCACAAUAGUCUCUGGGGAAAACGGAAAUGUGUCUGUGUUCUGUGGCUGUGGAACCGUGCGGCCGAGCACGUGGCAAGCCCUGGCACUUUGCUGAGGCUCGGCGAGGAAUGCCGUGGUUGUCCACUGUGGCAACCCUCACCGUCUGGAAGAGGACCCUUCUCCAGUCAAUGCCAAACUAUCAACAAGGCUCCUUCAAUAGAUUAUGAAAAAUUUGCCCAGCCCACCGCAAAAGCUCUAUUUCCAAAUUAGUGUUGUCAACCUUUUUUCAUAUAGGGGAGUUACACUUCUGUGAAUUCCAGUUACAAUGACAGCUAACAUAUUUUACUAGUGACACACACAUGCACUGUGGUUAUAUUUCACAGUCAAGGGGGGAAAUAAUAAAAUAGGGAAAAAAAAGUUCUAGCCAAUUCCCCUUUGAAAUACAUUUAAUUAUCUUAGGAGGAUCAUCCAAAAAGAAGCAACAA